AUGGUGCGCAUCAUCCCAACACGACUCAAACCCUCCUCUCGAUCUUCCUCUUCCUCCUCCGCAACAAUCUCCGUCAGCAACGGCAACGGAACAGGCAAAAACAAUCGCAGCAACAGUCCCCCCAUGAGGUCAAAGCAUGAUAGCGCGAGCCCUUCUAGGGACGCUGGAAAUGGUCUGGCUUUGAGAGUUUGGAUUAUAAGAGGAAAAGACCUCGCAGCCAAAGAUCGCAGCGGCACAUCCGAUCCUUACAUCAUUGUUUCCUCCGGCGAAUCUCGAAUCGUAACCAACGAUGUUCCCAAGACACUCAACCCAGAAUGGAACGUUUCCGAAGAAAUCCCUCUUACUUCCACCCAAAACCUCAUUCUAGAUGUUAUUUGCUGGGACAAGGAUCGAUUCGGAAAAGACUACAUGGGUGAAUUUGAUCUCGCACUUGAAGAGAUCUUCGGCAACGGAAAGGUCGAACAAGAACCGACCUGGUAUCGCCUCAAGAGCAAGCGUCCCGGCAAGAAGACGAGCGUUGUCUCCGGAGAGGUUCAGCUGCAGUUCUCCCUCUUCGACUCAACGAACCCGUCAGCUACACCACAGGAAAUCUCCGACAAAUUUCAAGCUCUAGUUGGCGCCGCCCCCACCGGCUCUCGCAAUGUCACGCCGUCCAUGACACCUAAUCUGGCCCCCACCACCAACAAUCAAGACAGUCCCAGCGACGAUGAUGAUGACGAAUUUGAUGAAGACGAUUCUGACUCGAGCGAGUCUGAUUCAGGAGAUGACCAAGAACAAGACCCGGUCAAGCGUAAGCGCCGACUGCGAAUCCGUGGAUUGAAGAAGAGAAGACGCAACAAGCCUUACGCAUUUGCUAGCGAUGGCUUCGAUGUCGUCGGCGUUAUCUACCUCGAGGUGGUCAAAAUCACAGACCUGCCACCCGAGUCUAAUUUGACACGCACAAGCUUCGAUAUGGAUCCAUUUGUCGUUGCAUCUCUCGGCAAGAAGACGUAUCGCACUCGUCGCAUCCGUCAUAACCUGAACCCUGUUUUCAACGAAAAGAUGCUGUUCCAAGUUCAGAGCCACGAGCAGAAAUACUCAUUCUCUUUCACUGUCAUUGACCAUGACAAGUACUCCGGAAACGACUUCAUUGCUUCCUGCAACCUCCCAAUCCAUCAGAUGAUCGAGCGAGCCCCCAAGGCCAACCCUGAAACUAGACUGUACGACCUCAAUGUGCCCGCGCAAGCCGAGGCGCUUCCUUCCAGGUCGCGCUUCAAGAAGCUCGCUAUGUCGCGCUCCAACUCUUCUUCAAGCAUCAGCAAGAUGAUGCGACCACCAUUAAGCAAGCACGCAUCAAGCAACAGCACAACAACGGCCACUCAAACAGCAGCUCCUACUUCAGCACCCACUGCAAACAUGCUUUCGCCAGCCGAUGCCCUUGCCAACACCGGUUCCGAUCCUGAUGCAGUCGCUCAGGAUGCUGGCGAUGCCGACUUCCACGACUACACAGUGCCGCUCAAGUUAAAGGAUCUUGAAAAGUGGGAGAAGAAGCACAACCCUGUCCUGUACCUUCGCGCCAAGUACAUGCCGUAUGAUGCUCUGCGACAACAGUUCUGGCGGGCCAUGCUUCGACAAUAUGAUGCUGAUGAGAGUGGCCGAAUCAGCAGAAUCGAACUUACAACAAUGCUUGAGGCUUUGGGUUCCACACUUACCGAGACUACUAUUGAUACCUUCUUUUCACGAUUCCCUCACCGAGAUGCUGACGAUGAAGAGAACUGGGAGCUUACUAUGGAUGAGGCUGUCAUUUGCUUGGAAGACCAGUUGGAGGGGCGAAGACGAUCAUCAGCCACGACUGGGGACAAAUUAAAGCAUCUCGUUCCCGAAAUGAAGAACCUCCUGCACCCAUCUCGUCACGGCAACAAUCAUCAUGACGCCUCAGAGAAUCCCAGCGACCUGGACCUGAAUGCUUCGGGAACCCAGACACCGUCUUCCAACGUCCCCACACUGAAGACACCUGCAGACGAAGAGAGUGAUCCGCUCGACAAGUCUGACAGUGGUGACGAUCGCGGCGAAGAGCAUGUGGUCGAGAUUCGUGAAUGUCCCAUCUGCCAUCAACCACGACUCAACAAGCGCAAGGAUGCUGACAUCGUUACCCAUAUCGCGACUUGCGCUAGUCAAGACUGGAGACAAGUCAACAGCGUCCUGGUGGGUGGAUUUGUCACUGCCAGUCAGGCUCAGCGCAAGUGGUACUCAAAGGUCAUCACCAAGAUCUCAUACGGUGGAUAUAAGCUGGGUGCAAACUCAGCCAAUAUUCUUGUCCAAGACCGCCUAACAGGACAGAUCAACGAGGAGAAGAUGAGUGUCUAUGUCAGAUUAGGAAUUCGUCUUCUGUACAAGGGUCUCAAGUCUCGGGAUAUGGAGAACAAGCGAAUCCGAAAGCUGCUUAAGAACCUCAGUAUUAAGCAGGGUAAGAAGUUUGACGAUCCCGCGUCCAAGGACGAGAUUGAGAAGUUCAUCGCUUUCCACGGUCUCGAUAUGUCUGAGGUUCUGCUACCACUCGAGGAGUUUAACAACUUCAAUGAGUUCUUCUAUCGUGCUCUUAAGCCUGGUGCUCGUCCUUGCUCAGCACCUCAUAACCCUCACAUUAUUGUAUCACCAGCCGACUGCCGCAGUGUUGUCUUCAACUCCCUCACCACUGCCACCAAGAUUUGGGUCAAGGGUCGCGAAUUCAAUAUGAAGAGACUCCUGGGAGAUGCCUAUCCUGAGGAUGUAUCGCGAUUUGAAGGUGGAGCACUGGGUAUUUUCAGACUGGCUCCCCAGGACUACCACCGUUUCCAUAUUCCCGUCGACGGUAUCAUGGGUAAGCCCAAGACGAUCGAGGGUGAGUAUUAUACCGUCAACCCUAUGGCCAUUCGAUCAGCACUGGAUGUGUACGGAGAGAACGUGAGAGUUCUCGUGCCCAUCGAUAGCGAAUGUCACGGCCGUGUCAUGGUCAUCUGUGUGGGUGCUAUGAUGGUGGGAAGUACUGUCAUCACUCGCAAUGAAGGCGACAAGGUUCAGCGUGCUGAGGAGCUUGGAUACUUUAAAUUCGGUGGCAGCACAAUCUUGUUGCUAUUUGAACCUGGAAGAAUGGUGUUUGAUGAUGAUCUUGUGGACAAUGGCAAUGAUGCUCUUGAAACUCUGGUCCGAGUAGGAAUGUCUGUUGGACACACGCCUAGUGAGCCACAGUGGACUCCCGACAUGCGAAAGAACGCAGAGAACAUCACAGAGGCAGAGAAGAAGACCGCCAAGCGACGUAUCCAGGGCAAUGUGGCCCUGCAAGAUUCGCCAGAUGGCAGUGGAGAGGAAGAACAGGCGUCACGAAAGGCCAAGCCAACCAUCGACACUAUGGCUGCGUCGGCGAUGUAG